AUGGAUGGUGGAGGUGAAUAUGUCUCAAAUGAAUUUGGGAUGUUUUGUGAUAAAGAAGGGAGUAUACAUGAUGUAGUACCACCCUAUACACCACAGCAAAAUGGUGUGGCUGAAAGGAAGAAUCGAUCGAUCAUGAACAUGAUGAGAAACAUGUUAAAGGGGAAGAGCUUUCCGAAGGAGUUAUGGGGAGAAGCGAUAAAGGAUCUAAACAAUAUCAGUCUUGAACAACACUUUAGUUCUUUAAGUAGCCGGGAGAUUGAGCUCGAGGAAGAUGAACCUCAAAAGCGAGGUAAAUCUGUUGCUCUAAAGUCUAAGCCUGAGAAGAUAAUAUAUUAUCAAGUUGAGGAAGAAUCAGAAGGAUCUGAUGAAGACUCAGAAGAUGAUGAUGGGAUGUCUCUAAUUCUAAAUAGAGUCGACUGA